GUGUCGACCCAGUCCCCAGACCCAGAACAACCCGUUCAUGUCAUCAUGGACGGCUACAACGUAUUAGACGAAAUUUCCUGUUAAUUUACCUGUAAUUCGAGCUGCGUCUCUUUGGAUUUCCAUUUUAAUCUCUAUUUUUAUAAACUUCAAGAUCCGAUCAUAGCUAAAACAUGGACGGCAAUAAAGACGAAGCUGAGAGGUGUUUGGAAUACGCAGAGAGAUUCGCAGAGCAGGGACUGCGGGAGAAAGCCGAAAAAUUUAUAGCGAAAGCUGAGAAACUGUACCCAACACCGAAAGCGAAGGAGCUGUUGGCCAAGUUGCAAAAUAUGCAGGACAACCAGGGACAAAGGAAUGCUGAAGAUGAGCCAUCAUUUGUCCGCCAAAGAACCUCAGCAAGCAAGGAAAACACAGCUCCAAGCUCCAGUGGUGCAGAUGAGGCUGACUACACGAGUGAUCAAUUGGAGGCAGUGAAGAGGAUAAAGAAGUGUAAAGAUUAUUAUGAAGUGCUUGGCGUCACGAAGGAAGCGACUGAUUCCGACAUAAAAAAGUCAUAUAAGAAACUGGCUCUGCAGCUUCAUCCUGACAAGAACAAGGUGCCGGGAGCUGCUGAAGCCUUCAAAGCUGUGGGAAACGCCGUCGCAGUGCUGACUGACGCUGAAAAGAGGAAACGUUAUGACCAGUUUGGGUCGGACGAAGAUAGGCUGCAUCACAGACACCAGGGACACUAUGACUACAAUUACAGCCGUGGCUUUGAGGCUGACGUGACUGCAGAGGAAUUGUUCAACAUGUUCUUCGGGGGAGGAUUUCCCAACCAAAACGUUUACGUUCGCCGCGGUGGUCGGUGGCAGCGGGCUCAAGCUGGAGCUGGCACUGGAGCCGGUAACAGUCAGGUUGGCCAGGGCGGCUACACUGUCUUCUUGCAGAUGCUGCCCAUAUUGCUGCUGAUUUUCCUGUCGAUGAUGAGCAGUUUUUUCAUCUCUGAUCCAGUCUACUCUUUGCACCAAAGCCACAAGUUCCCUGUCGGCAGGAAAACAAUGAAUCUGAAGAUCCAGUACUAUGUCAAGGAAAAUUUCCACACUGAGUAUCAGGGCAGUCUACGGAGGCUGGAAUCUUCGGUAGAAGAGGAUUACGUAAACGGCUUACGACACGCAUGUCACCGAGAAAAACACUACAGGGAGUCUAUGUUAUGGAAAGCGCGAAAUUUUGGUGACCACCAGCUAUUCCAAAAAGCGCAGAAUAUUCGGACGCCAUCCUGCGAAACCUUGCAACAACUGCAUGCUCAGGCUGCCUGAGAAGCUACUUGUUGGCUAUAUAUUUCAUGCGUAAAAAGAUUUGCUGUUCACUUUAAUCCUGGAUUUUCAUCUUUCUGCUUGCUUGCUGAUCAUAGAAAAAUGUUUGGCAAUUUUAAAGAUAUGUUGUGAUGCAGUUGGAAAAUUGACUUAGACCCACCUGUUGGACAGCUUGCGUAGGAAAUAUUUUGGUUAGCAAUUAUUUGCUUUGAGCUGAUUUGAAUGUAAAGUGCGUUUAAGAUGCUCUGUCAAAUAAAUGCUCAGAAAAUUUCCUCUGUGAACCGAGAUGAUCUUGUUAUCAAUUGAACCUUGUAUAAUAUAAUUUAAUUAUAAUGCUAGUCGCAAUCAUUUGUUAUAUUACCGAUAAUGUCAAGUUCAUGUAAUUUGCAAAUUUGUUAACAUGUUUAAUUACACUGAACACAGACAA